AUGGCGUACAACCAAGGACACAACCGCGAAUGGGAUCGCGGCAAAGAAUGGCAGCAACAAGGCGGAUAUAACGACUGGAACGGCGGAGGCGGUGGUGGUGGUGGUGGAGAUUGGCACGGUGGCGGUGGGAACGAAGGCUGGCACGGAGGCGGUGGAGGGAGAAGAGAGCGAGAUUGGGAGGAGGAUUAUAAUGGAGACGGAAAGCGGAGGAAAUUUAACGACGGCGGCUACGAGCAAGGACAAGGACAAGGCGGAUGGGGAGGGCACGGGAAAGGCAAGCAGCGCAUGGCGCCCUCCGACCCGUCCAACCACGUUAUCUUCCUCGGCCUCGACCCAGACUUUACAGAAGCAGACCUGCACGCCUACCUAACCCAACACGGCGCCACCCUCGACUCGGUCACAAUAAUCCGCGAACGCAGCACAGGGACAUCCAAAGGCUUCGGGUUCGCCGAAUUCAACACGCUCGAGACCGCGCGCGCCUUCGUCGACCCGAACUUCCCGUUCGUCCACCUUCCACCACCCCAGUCGCACGGCGCGUCCGCCACCAAACUCUUUUGGCAGACGCUGGAGCAGAACCCGCAGGCGCCGACGGGCGGACGGCGCGUGAAGAUUGAUUUUAGUCAGAGCGCUAAUCCGGGCGAACGGGGUGGUGGAGGGAACGCGAAGAAAGGCCCGGGGAACGACGGGACGAGGGAUAUCGGCAACGCUGCUGCGCCCGUGUUGCUGUUCAGAGGCUUGGACGUGCUCAGUGGGCCACAGGCGAUCUUGCAGGCUAUGAAGACCAGUUCCGGUCUGCAUCGGGAGGGCGCGAAGGGCAUGAAGAGGAUCGUGCUCGUAAAGGAUCGCGUCAGUAUGCAAAGCUGGGGCUUUGCCUUCGUCGAGUUUGUCGAUACGCAGAGCGCGAGUGCGGUGUUGGCUGCGACGAUGAGCCCGCAGAUCCACCCGAAUGGCUUCCGUAUCUCCGAUAAACCCGUGGCGGCGAGCUUUGCGUUGCCUUACAGCUUCCAGCCGAUCGAAGAUGCAGCUUUGCGAGACGAGGCUUGCGUUCUUGGAACACCCGCGCUCGGUGCCGUAGACACCAGCAGCGGCGUUUAUGUUCGCUACUGGGACGAAGGCGCCACGGCAUCUGUACUCGAGUUCGAAGUAACAGAGCCGACGAGUGCUGAACAAGCGAAGGAGAACAAGGCCAAGGAGAAGAAGAAGAAAGCUAAAGCGCUUGAAGCGGAUCUUACUCCUCUAGCCCCCUCAGCUCUCCCCGUCUCCUCCAAACCCGUAACGCUCGCCUUCAACCUCAAGGCCAAAGCCAAACCCGCCGGCUUCUCCCUUGCCGCAUCCUCUUCUUCCGCGCCGAAAGCUCCAGCGCUGAGCAUGGGCGAAGACGAAGACGACGAAGGAGAGCAUGAAGAGGAGGAGAAAGUCGAUCCGAAGGUUGCGGCGGCGAAGAAGGUCGCGCCCAUGAUCGCUAGCAAGAAGGUCGCGGGCAACAUCAACAAGUGGAAUACGGCGCAGGCGGAGAAUCAUGUUGUGCCCGCUGCUCCUGCGCCCGUGGUCAAGACCGCACCUGCUGCUGCGCCGAAGCCCGCUACGGCUGUACCGGUUGUGGCGCCGACGAAAGCGGGAGAGGAAGACGCAGAUCUGGAGUUCGCGGAUCGGACACGGAUGGCGUGUUUACUCUGUUCGCGCCAGUUCAAGUCUCUCGAUCUCGUCAAGCGUCACGCGAAAGAGAGUGAUCUUCACAAGAAAAACCUCGCCGAUGCAGCGUUGUGCGAGGCCGCGCGCAAGAAAGUCGCGGCCGCGAACGGAGGAACGAAUAAGAGCGAAGAGAAGAAAGAAGAAGAGCGGAAGUACCGCGACCGCGCCUCCGAGCGCCGCGUGAUCUACGGCCAACCGGAUGUCCCCCUCCCCGAACCCUCUUCCUCGCGCCAAAGCGGCGGCCCCAAAUCCGCCCCGACACAAGCCUCGCCCACUCCGCCCCCCACGAUCAACCCCGGCGAGGACUCGAGCAACAUCGGCAACAAACUGUUGAAAGCUAUGGGGUGGAAGGAAGGCACUGGGUUAGGCGUCGAAGGGAAUGAAGGGCGGACGGCGCCGGUGCAGGCGGCUGUUUAUGCGUCUGGGGCGGGGCUUGGGGCUGCGAAGGGACGGUUGGUGGAGGAUGAGGUAAAGAGGAAGGAGGGGUAUGCUGGGUAUGUUGAGAGGGUUCGGGACGCGGCGAGGGACCGGUUGAUGGAUGGUAGCAAAUGA